AUGUGGCUCCCCGCAAGCACCGCUCGCUUGGAGCCGGACGACGAACCCGAAGAGUAUGCGGAUUGGGUUGAUGUUCCAGACAGUGACACCACCCAGUUCGCUGCGGUGGCCAGCACGCUGACGUCGGACGAGGGAUACUUUCACCAGAUUCAGGAGGGAGAGGCAAGGGGCGACAAACGCGCCAGAUACAUCAGCUCAGAUAAUCCGAUGCAACUGUGGCGCGAAGUAAUGCCCGAUUUCCUGGACGCGAUGAUAUGUCAAGAUGGCCUGGGGAUGUCUCCCUCGUGGCGGCACUUGCGGAUUGCGACCACUCUGUGCAAUGCGAGGAGUGUUUACGCGGGGCUCACCAGCGGACGCCGUUACACUGCAUACAGGAGUGGACGGGGGAGUUUUGGGUUUCCGCAGCGCUGCAUCGUCUUCACAUUAACGAUACAUCCCCGCAAAAGCUUGCGCGAGACAUACCAAUUGGGCCACCACGGUGGCGCAUGUCCUCUGCCCGCAACCGUUGAUACACGCACGAUGGUGGUUUUGGACGUCGGUGGAAUAUUCACGCUCGACGUUCGCUUCUGUGGCUGCUCAAACAGUUUGCAAAACAAUCACAUCGCCCAACUUAUGGGGAACCACUGGUAUCCGGCGACAACGCUGGAGCCUGGGACCUGCGCAACGUGGCGUGUGCUCGAGCUCUUUCGCCAGCUCAACGUUGUCGGCAACAUCAACGCCCACGACUUCGUGCGCUCGCUGGAAAAGCUGAACGACCCAACAAUGAUGAAUCAGACGCCGGAUCGAUACGUGGCAUUCGGUAGAAUGGCGCGUCAGUAUCAAUUUUUGAAAAGGGCCAAGCGGAGUGGUCUGGCCCACGUCGAGGAGGGCUUCAAGAAUGUCGAAGCGGGCAAGCUGGCAGUGCCCUGUUGGGCGUGCCCCAAACCGGGCUUUAAUCUGCCUGACGGCUGGGACAAGUGCAGCGAAGAUGACAGAUUCUUAUACUCGUUGCUACUGGCUCUGGACGCCAACUUUCGCCUGAAGAAUCGGCUUCGGACGAACGAGAAACAGGACGCUUCUCUCGGGCCAGGCUGGGGCUAUUUUGUGGAGGGGAAUGCUUAUAAGGAGCAUUUGCGAGACUACGUCGCAGAGGAAGAUGUCAGCACUUGUAUCGCCUUUGCGGCUCUUAUGCAGAAGGAGACAAGGCUGACAACGGGCCUACGAAUCUCUGGGGUGGGCGGCUGCGUUUGUGCUCGCCACGGGGUGGUGCGAGCGCAAGGGAUGGGUGAUUUGCAAAAGGGAGAGCGCUACGCCAAUAUGGAUUAUAUAUUCCUUCACGCGCUGGGAGACACAAGGGUGAAGCGUCUGGUCCUAUCCUACGACAUCGCUUGUCAAUGGAAGCAAAGACUGCGCGAGCGGGCUCUGACGAUCCUGAGCAACGCUCAGGUUGUUUGCCCAACCACCGGCCUCACUGUGGAUAAAGUCCCCAACCUCACUGACUACGAAAUCAAAUUCGCGCUGCCGGUUUGGCAUGCGGCCGCGCACGAAACGGGUUGUCAGGCCACCCACUCUUUGAGCUAUGCGUGGGGCGUGGGGCGGACGGACGGGGAAGGAAUAGAGCGUACUUGGGCGCUAUUAAACCCAAUCGGAUUCUCGACGAAGGAGAUGGGCGAGGGCAACCGACUGGACACAAUUGAGGACCGUAUCGAUCAUCUUAAUUUCGAAAAGAAUGUCCGCCAGGGCGAUGUUCUUGCGCGAAAGCUUAUCAUCGCUGUGGCCGAACGAGAUACGCAGAUAAAGCAGUUUAAACGAGUGGACGACAGCCUCGAACCGGGAGUUCGUAAGGAUUGGCAGAAAAUGGUGGAGAAUUGGCUUGUCGACAAUACUCAGCCCAACCCAUACCUGAUCGGGGCCAAUGGCGACGGUCCGUCGGAGGCCAAAGUUGCGGCUCAGCUGAAGGCUGCUGAAGUCGCAGAGGCAAGGGAGCAACGAGGGGAGUUUGUUGACGGCAAGAUUACCGCCGCGGCCUUCGUCAAAGGCUUGCUACAUCUGGAGGACCUGAAGCGAAGGAUCAAGAAUGAGAUACGCGUUGGCGGCGUCUCUGCCGAACGAGCAAGCCAGAUCGAGGAAUUGAGAGUCUCCUUCUUCAAAAAAGCUGCACGCAAUCCAGCAGCAGCAAGAAAUUUACAUGUCUGGCGUCGGUGGCCUUCGAAGAAGGCAGAGGAUGUCAAACUCUGGCUUCCAUCGGAGUUGGGGGAUCGGCAAAAAUGGGCCUGCAGGAAGGGGUUGUUCGAACUAGAGGCCAAAUUACGACAGGCGCAGUGUGGCGACGCCUUGACAAAAGUUCGAAGCCUGCUGUAUGCCAAGACGCACUUGAUCUUCCAUCGAAACGCUGCCUCAGUGGGCCAAAACUCGACAACUCGGUCUGCAACGUUAAUCGGCCGUAUGGUGGAGAAGAUAACUAGGGAGGCGACCAAAUAUCGGCAAGCAUGGGUAGCCCUUCGACGACUGAAGGGCGAUGACUUCGCUCCCGAGUAUCGGAAACUGGAGGAUAGCGAUCUGAAUGUGCGUGCGGAGACGGAAAGCGACGCGAUAUCAAGGGCCCGACUAGGUCGGCUGGGGUCGGCCCGGCCUGCCCGAAAUGAGCCGACGGCCGCGCAGGCCGGGCCUGUCUCUUGGAUUUGGUUCAUGGAGGGGGAGGGGGAUGAAGAAGUCCGGAUUCAUGACGCGGUUCGUGUGCAAUGGGCCAAGGCACGGGCGCGCCGUGACCGAUGGACCGAAGAAGUGUUGUUGAUUAGGGAGGAAAUGCGGAGGGUUUUGAGAAGCCUGUGGUCAAUCCAGCAGCAGUGGCUGGAACGCGAGACGUCUCGUCCCAAUGCCCGGCCGGCGUUGCAAGAGGGCCUUGUGGCCUAUGCUAAGAAGCAGCGACAUAUUCAUAGUUUGAUUGCGAAUAGGUUUGUGUUGGACUGGAGGCACUGGAAGCAAUCAGUGGCGAGGGCAGUGGUCGGAAAGGAGGGGGAUAUUUAUCAGCGGCUAUUGGUAGGAGAUCCGGAUCAAAUUUAA